GAUGCUCUCCAUCGCCUCCUCAUCCUCCUCUCCUUCUCCUCAUCGUCUCCCCUCUCCCGUGAUUCUUCUCCCUACAGCUCUCCGCGUUUGAUCUGACCUUCCCCUACCUAGUCAGAGCCAGUGCUCCUGGGGAACCCGUCAUCAUGGUUCGCGAGGAGCUUAUCUCCUCUGCUGUCACUUUUCUUCGAGACCCAUCAGUGGCUGCUUCUCCGAUUGAAAAGCGACUCGCAUUCCUCCAAUCAAAGAACCUGACGAAAGAAGAGAUCGAUGUCGCUCUAUCCCGGACAGGUGAAGAUCCGUCUGCGGCGGCGGUUGUAACCGCAACAUCUAGCUAUCAGCCAGCUCCUCAACAAGCCAUUUACCGACCUCCCCCACCUGCCCCAGGCUAUGGCUAUCCUCCGUAUGGUCAAUGGCAGCCCCCGCCAGAGCCCCCGAAACGGGACUGGCGUGAUUGGUUCAUCAUGGCCACAGUGAUGGGAGGAGUAGGAUACGGACUAUACAAUAUUACCAAGCGAUACAUCUCACCUUUAAUCGCACCCCCGACUCCGCCCCAAUUAGAGCAGGACAAGGAACACAUUGAUGAGCAGUUCAAUCGUGCGUUUGCCCUGAUCGAGCAGCUCUCCACAGAUACCGCGACCCUGAAGUCGGCAGAAGAAGCGCGCACCGAACGGCUGGAUGGAGCCCUGAGGGAGGUUGAGAACCUCGUCUCGGACAUGAAGAAUGCUUCCCGACGACGAGACGACGAGACCCGUCGCAUCAGCGACGAGGUCAAGUCCUUGAAGGAUGCGAUCCCUAAGGCCCUGGAAGGUGCUCGGGAGGGCAACGAGACACGGUUGAAGGAACUUGGCGCUGAGCUGAAGAGCCUGAAGGUCUUGCUGGGCAACAGACUUGGAGGCAGCGGCAACGGCGCCAGCUCUCCUGCUCCUGGAAGGUUCAGUGGUGUUCCUCUGCCCAGUGCUUCUCGACCCGCGGAGGAGUCGAUUCCCGCCGCUUCGGCGCCCGCAGUGCCCGCGUCCACUGAGCAGACUCAAUCGGCACAGCCGAGCCCAAACGCCAGCACCACGUCGCUGAGCAACAGCCCUCUGUCGCACUUUGGCCGUUCUGCGUCCAUCCCAGCCUGGCAGAUGGCUGCUUCUAACCGGUCCAAGACUGCAUCUCCCUCGACACCUUCCACCAGCACUCCGGACAACACGGCUAGCGCGGCUACUGAGCAGAGCGCCCCGGCCAGCUGAAUCUUCUAGAUGCUCUGUAGAUUUUCUUCGUUGACUACAUUCUCCUGUGUCAAUGUAAUUAGCUGGAUGUGAUAAAACGAACUUAUGCAUGAUACAUGUCUCGGCGGUCUGAUGGAGUGGAGGAUGUAUAUUAUAUAGCACGUGAAUGCAAUUAUAUCACAAGGC